UUGUCAAGCAGAAGUUUCUCAAACUUUAAGAAAAUUUUGUGCAUUAAUUUGCCAAUAUGUCAGUUAAAGUAGAUGAAAUUACAUUGAGUAAUGGGCAAAAAGUUCCUGUUCUAGGACUUGGAACGUGGCAGGGAGGAGAUGAUCCUGCUGCAGUAGGUAAAGCUGUAAAAAUGGCUAUCGAUGCUGGAUAUCGACAUUUCGAUUGUGCAGCCGUUUACGGAAACGAAGAAGACAUCGGCCAAGCCAUUAAAGAAAAAAUUGAAGAAGGCGUUGUUAAACGAGAGGACUUGUUCAUCGUUACUAAAGUUUGGAAUGACGAGCACAGGCAAAAUCAAGUGGUGCCAGCAUGUAAAAGAUCUUUGAAAAAAUUCGGAAUGGAUUACAUUGAUUUGUAUCUAGUACACUGGCCAUUUUCGUAUCCUGAAGAUGGCAUUGAUUAUCUUGAAACGUGGAAAGGAAUGGAAGAAUGUAUGAAGCUUGGUUUGACUCGUAGCAUCGGUGUGAGCAAUUUUAAUUCUCAACAACUCAAAAGAUUAUUAGAAAAUUCAACGAUCAAACCUGUGAUGAAUCAAAUUGAAGUACACAUUAACUUAAACCAAAAAAAAUUGCGUGAAUUUUGUGCUAGUGAAGGAAUAGCUGUUACAGGAUAUAGUCCAUUUGGUGCUCCAGGUCGUAACACUUCUUUUCAACCAUCAGGUCCAGAAAUCGAAUUGCAAGCUCGUACUGUUUCGGAGAUUGCCAAAAAAUAUAAUAAAACUAAUGCUCAAAUUGCAUUACGCUAUUUAGUCGAUAUUGGAAUUAUUACAAUACCAAAGUCUAGUUCUGAAAAACGCAUCCGAGAAAAUAUUAAUAUUUUCGAUUUUAAGUUGACUGCUGAUGAAAUUGCAGAAAUUGAUAAACUUGACCGAAAUUUUAGAACUUGCUCUGCUGAUGAGUUCAAGAAUUGCAAAGAAUAUCCAUUCAAUAUUGAAUUUUAAAACAUAAUGAAUCAAUGGAUAAGUUGAUAUUGUUAUUUUGAAAUCUAUUUACAAUUUUCAAGAACAUAAAACUGUGAUGUUUGUUAAAUGUUUCAUAAUA